AAUUCAGAUUGUCAGUUUUCCUCGAACGGACGCUGCCUUGCAGCUGUCGCAUUCAAACCGAAGAAUAUUGUUUUAUAUAAAAAAAAGAACAUAUUGAUAUCAUUCCAUAAGUUGGGAACGUAUUGUAUCCUUCUUUAAGCUACAAGUGAUUGGUACAUAAUUUAUUAAACAACUCCACUCAUAGGGAUUAGUAAAAUGGCUAGAGGACAACAAAAAGUGCAAUCCCAACAAAAAGCAGCUGAAAAAGCUGCCAAAAUGAAAAAACAACAAGGGCAUAGCGCGAAUGAUCAGAAGAAGGCUGCUCAAAAAGCUUUAGUACAUGUUUGUGCAGUUUGCAAGGCUCAGAUGCCAGACCCCAAAACCUACAAACAACAUUUCGAAAAUAAACAUCCAAAAAAUGAUAUGCCUCAGGAAUUGAAAGAUGUAUGAAAUAUAAGUAUAAAGGAGCUGUCGUGUUGUUUUUUAUUCUGGUUGUUUUCUUCUAAUAAAUUCACAAGAGUAUUUUUUACAGUUACUUUUAAUUUUUUUUCCAAGUAUGUAAUGUAAACAUUUGUUUAAGUUUGUGAUGGUUUUUCUUACAUUUAUAAAAAUAAAUGAAAAUUAAUUCUUAA